GGCCUCCGCACUCGCAUUUUUGCUCCUUUGACUGCACAGGAUUACAACUACAACUACUCGUCGUGUGUUGCCGUCGACGUCGUUAGUCCAAUUAGUUGGAAACAUGCCGCUGUCAGCGCCGCUGCACAAACUGCUCUGCGUGUGCCACAUUGUCAGCUUCUUCGAUUACUAGAAGAAGGUCUGCCAUCUGCUGUGUCUGUGCAGCCUGCAUUACGAUGAGGACGUACAGACGUUCCGCUUUGGCCAUCAGGUGUUCAUAUACUUUGUCUAUUUCUGGAGCUUUAUAUGCCUCCUUAUGUUCCUUAUUUUUCGAUGCAUGUAUUACAUAUAGCUAAAGAGAUCUUUGCUGGAAACUUUAAAUAAAAUGGCCCAAGCUCACAGGGAGUUGCAGUCGAAAUUGGGGACUCGGUUUUGAGUGUCCCUAAGGCGAGCCUUUUCCUGUUCCUGGCUGAUUUCCAUCGAAAUACUGUUCGUUUUGUACUGGCAAAUGGAGUCUAUGAAGAAUUCCACCCAAAGGUGUACUGUAUUAACCUACCUGUUGGGCUGGCAUUUGCAACUUCUUCUCCACGUAAAUAGCUACAUUUGGCUUCACUCUAUCUACGUGGUAAUGAAUCAGGAAUUGAUAAAUCAGCUUAGAAACGAACAAUGCUGGAAAAUACUCAGAAAUCUACUUAAAGUACACAAUCGGCUCGUAAAAAUUCAGUGGGAUAUCUCCCACUAUUUCAGUGUGUAUAUAUUUUCUGUGAUAGUGCUCUUGACCAGCAAUUUCCAAAGAUCUGUCAUUUUUGAAGCUGGUUUCGACUGGAAUCAAAGCCGAUUAGUAUUGUUACGACUAGAGUUUUGGCAGGUCAGAUAACUGGUGAAUACGUUUCUCCUUAUCAGCACUCUAUUUAUGGUUGAUUAUGACUAUAAUUCUCAAAAGAAUAAAUUUGUAAGAAACCUCUGGAAAUCCAAUAACCUAUGGCAAAGAAAAUUGGAUUGCGAAAACAUAAAUCACUAAAAACAGACUCUGGAUAUUGUGGAUAUAAUGGUAAUCUGACUUUGGAAUGUGGCUAUUUCAAACGGAUUGAAAAUAAGCUUUGAGCAAACGUACCUUAACUUUACCCGAUGUGCGAAGUUGCCCAUAGGCAUCAUCGAGUGCCACGUUUUAUGUCUUGCCAAUGGAAGCCUGGAGCAGACGCAGCGACUCCAGUCAAGUCAGACGCUCCAUUGUGACUGCCAAUGA